AUGGCAGAGCGUCCCGGUGGCGGGAGGAGACGCUCACGUCGCGAUAGUACAGACACCGCGAGUUCGAUACGCGGGACACCGCCUACGUCCAGAGAUCGCAGGACCAAAAGAACCGGGAAGCCCGUCAAGGAGCGAUGGCUGCUCACCAGGAAGACGUGGCGAUACAUGGCCGAUGCUGGCCGACGUCUCAUUCCCGAUGGUACUCACAAUCGCCCAGAGGACAUACCAAAAAUCGAGCAAUACUUUCAGGAGGUGUGUCAGAAAGAGCCGCGCUUUCUACUUUGGAGAAAGGCCUCGUAUCCUGGAAGUCUGGGCUUUCGUACUCAGCGACAUCGUAGACAGAUCAAGAGCGGCAGUUGUCGAACCCAAGCUAGCUCAGCCGAUGAAGCUGACGAUGCCAGGAGCUCGCCGCAGAGUUUCAUCCUUAGUGCGAGCACGUCCGGCAAGUUUGAUCUGACAAAGGCGAAGAGAGAAUGGCUACUGUCAUCAGGUGAUAAUGGUGAAGGUGGCGGCAGUACGCCAUCGAGUCCGGUAACGCAUCGUAAGAUAACAAUAUCUCAAGAAGACACUGAGGUUAAGGAGUUGGCUGACAUGCUACAAAAGUACCUGAAUAUGCAAGGUGACACGGCCGAUCCGGCGAGGAUGACCGUCAAGUCGUCGGGAAUGACCAAACAAGUGGAAGGGACAGAGUCCUUCGAUUAUCGUAGCUUGAUAGAUAAGCUGCAACGACAUCUAAAUACGAUUGUCGUUCGGGCUAAGCGCGAGGAGGUUUCUCCUAGUGAGAGUACCUACAGCGAAAAGGAUGUGAUUCCGACUUCCAUGUUGCCUUAUCAGGGUGACUAUGUUCAUAAAUCGCUUAUGGAGACACUGAGUCGUUACUAUAGCAAAUCGUCUUCUCGAGAACAUGUUAUUUCUGAUAUUUUAACAGAUCGAAAACUCCUCGAAAAGCUGUAUUUCGAUCUAAGAUGCACCAGAGGGUUCAGAGGACCCCGAGCAACCGGUGCGUAUACUUCGCCGUCCGCUCAGUGGUGGGCUCACGAGAGAAGUAGAGCACCUGCCACGAAAUCGAGUAAUCGAUCACCCAGAAGAGACCCGAUUUCACCACCGCCUCUAAUUGCUGUCCAGGAACCUAGCACUGAUCGAAGCUUUCUCGAUAAUGGUGCGCAAACUGAUCCUAUUCUUCAAGACGUUCUCGAUAUGUAUCUAUUGGAAAAAGAAAAGGAAGAAUCUUUACAAAAGGAGCAAAUGUCACAAAAAUCCAGUGGACGAAGACGCAGUAGCGUCGACAAUGAUGAUGUCUCACCAUCUGUGAGUGACACCAUUAAGAGGUAUCUGAGGAUGGCGCGGAAGAAGUCCAUGGACGCGGAUAAAGUUGAUCGAUUCAAGCGGGUUAACUACGAUCGGAAUUUACGUAACAUUAAAGCCAAGGGCGAGAUUACUAAGCCUGGCGACGACGACGGUAAUAGUAAAGGCUGCCAGACGGAGGAUAAUUGGGCUGUGCAUUAUCGCGAGAUAUUCUCUUCCGUUUCCGGAGAGAUUGCGUCUGAAAAUUUCUCAGACGCUGACACGACGACAUCUCCACCAGCCAGCAGAAAUGCUAGUUCCAGAAGCAGCAUCGACGCCGGUCUCUGCUCUGAAGAGGCUUCCACUCCCGUUAAACAUCCCCAUCAUCAUCAAUCCUUUUUAUCCCAUCUCCUGCAUGGUUCCAAUUCACAUAAGGAUAAGCCACAUUCGGCACCCGGUUCGCCAGCACUCACGUCCUCGUCCGCCAAUUCCGCAGGUGGCACAGCGAUGCAGAAAAGCAAGUCUUCGAGUAGCGUGGUGCAUCACGGUAGUCGGCUGGUGGCAAAAAAGAUCUGGCGAUCCAGGAGUAAAAGCACAUCAAGAGCGUCACAUCAGCCAUCCAUCUGGACGCCCCAGGGAAAAUGCACAUGGGCAGGCACAGGAGGUCGACGUGUGACUCUACAAGAAACAUCAUUGCGAACAUUAUCCGAUAUCGAGAGGAAGAUCCUUUGCAAAGUGGCCGUAGCGAAACUUCAAGCUCUCAAUCUGGGUGUGCAUAUCAGGCCACCGAAUGAAUCGCUCGGUACUGGGUCGGCGACCACGAAGCCGAAGAGACGAGCGUAUUUGCUAAAGAGGAAAGCUCUCACAACGGGCUUCUUCGACAACAAAGGAAAAGACGAGAAGGAAAAAGACGUCGCUGGUGGCCUGGUGUUCGGUAUACCAUUAUCGCAAUGCAUAGAGAAUGAUAGGAUCGCUAGAAUCGCUGCUGGAGAGAUCAAUGACGUCGGCUGUUUAAGUAGGAGUAGUAGACACGGUAGUAGGGCCAGUUUUUCUAGCCUUAUAGAAACACCAAUGACAAUUGCGGCAAAAACGGAAGAGGGAGGUUCCUGCGAGUCUCUGUCGUCGAAAGGGGGUGUUCUCACAGGAAGCGAUUCCGGAGUGCUCGAAUUGAAUGACAGUGGUGGAGGGUGUCUUGCCGGUGAAUGGGACGCGGUGCCGGACAUCGUCAGGCAAUGCAUUAAGCACCUCGAGGCUACUGGUCUCCACACGCUAGGCGUGUUUCGCGUAUCACCCUCGAAAAAGAGGGUGAGGCAGUUAAGAGAAGACUUUGAUUGCGGUCGGGAGACCAAGAUAGGUCCCGAUCAAUGUCCCCAUGACGUAGCUACCCUCUUGAAAGAAUAUUUCCGUGAUCUGCCGGAUCCUCUGCUUUGCAGAGAUCUAUAUCAGGCCUUCAUACAUACUCAAAAAAUUAGGAACAGACGACUACAACAGGAAGCUUUGCAGCAUCUCAUCCAACUUUUACCCACGCCCAAUCGCGAAACUCUCUGGGCACUUCUCAACUUUUUGAGUGUUGUUGCGGCGAACAGUGAGGAUCAAAAGAGCGAAACGGGAGAAUGGAUCCCAGGGAAUAAAAUGGACACGACGAAUCUCGCGACUGUAUUCGCACCAAAUAUUCUGCAUUGCGUGAAACCUGGUCAGGCGAGGUCGGAAGUCUCGACAGAAAGGGCCGAGGAGAGGAUAGAUGUAAUAAACGUGGUACGAACACUUCUAGAACACACAGCGACAUUGUUUACGGUACCAGCGGCACUAUUGGACGAAGUAUACCAACAUAUGAUGGAUACCCAUCCAGCAGAGUUGGAUAUCGCUCUAUCUCGUCGCGUCGAAGAACAAUGCGGGGAUGAAGUGGACCCCUGUAGCGAAGCGGAGACAUUCUCGGUGGAAGAGACAUUGACUAUGUCGGCGACUACGACAAGAAAGAUGUGGACGAGAGAACAAUGUUUGCAUCAGACCGCGGGUGUUGGUGGUGAUAUUGGACCCAAGCAUCGACGGCCAAAGAGACCAGGAAGCAGAAGGAAAGAAGAGGGCAGGAGCAACAGCGUCGAUAGCGGAUCGAGCGAGGAUCCGUCUGAUCCUCGACGAAGAUCCUCACCGAUAGUAAUUACCGCCAGUCUUACCAUACCUAUGUCCGACGCGUUCACCUUGAACCUCGACGAUCCGGACAUUCCUUACAUCGAGGAAGUACCAAAGCAGCCAAGUGCUCCUCCGAGACGUCAAAGGCAGAGGUCCAUUUCCGGCUGCAGCGAAGGAGGAAGACACGGAAGUGACAGUGCCGUAGGGUCUUCCGCAACCUUAUCGGGCGAUCAAGCGUUAAGUUCACCGCCUUCAUGGGCGUCAUCGCCUCCGGCGAGCCCUGAUAGUGCGGUCACUGCCGUUUCAUAUAUUCCAGAUCAGCAGGCAGUUCUCCAGAGAGUCUCAUUCACGACCUCGAGCGAGGUAAGGCAGGUGAACAGGUCGGCGGCUGGCCAGCAGGAAACAAGUAGGAGUACAGCGGUGCCAUAUACACCAAGCAUCACCAGUAUCGGUGGUGCGGUUUUGAGAUCCAAAACUGCCGAUAUUGAGAGAAUGCUACAGAUCUCGCGGCCAGAUGUCGAUUCCGCGGUUCUGCAAACGAGCAAGAACUCGACGGCGACCUCCAACGAGAAUAAAAAGUACACCAAGAGGCGAUACACGGAUUCGAGGCAUCAAACGCGUCAUAUACCCGAUGCCGACACUCUCGCUGGCAAGACGUCACUCGGCGUGACAUCUACGUCGGCGAUAUCGUCUUCCUCCUCCGCCUCCUCGAUAAUGUCGACGCAGAAGCAACGCGUGCCAGCGCAAUCGGUGUGGAAAAGGCGAGAAUUGAUCUCUAGUGCUCCAAAGGAUAGGGAGGGAUACUUUUAAAUUAAAUGCGAUUAAUAUUGAAUCGAGAUUCGAGAUUAAUUACCGAGUACCUCAACGAGGAUUUAAGGUGUUUAGAUAGUUCAAGAGUGUAAAUUAUUAUUUUUAUAAUAACAAUAAACAUAUUUUCUUCAAAC